UUGUGUCUACCGCCAAAACGCUCGUUUCACAGAAGCAUUAUUUUUCUUUUCGGAAGAACAUCCCGUCAAAGCGGGGCCUGAUUUUAUUCCACCAUUGUCCGGGGAUUUAAGAGCCUCCUACGAUGUAUGCGAGGACUAAUACCGGCAGCGCGCACGGAGACUUCCAGGACCGGAACGGGGUGAAUUACGUGACAUCGACAGAGUCUUUUGGGCACUGCUCCCAAUUGUUCUGGAAAAAGGAUCCAAACGACUCUGGACCAAGCUCCACCAUCAGCUGGUGUGAUCAGCUGCCCUCAUCUUCGGCACCACUUUCCACCCCUAGCCUUUCCUCAGCAUCACUUUCAAGUUCCAGUCUGUCACUGGAAUCCCGAGCUCCAGUGCAAGCAGCAGCAACAACGACGACGACAACAGCAUCAGAUGAUGUGGAUUCAGACGAGAGGCCGUACGUGUGCGACAUGUGCAGCUGCGCCUACAAGCAUGCCAGUUCCCUCCUCAACCACAAGCUCACACACAAGACUGGAGACUUCAGGUGCGACUUCUGCAGCAAGCCUUACACCAACUACAUGUCCCUUCGAAAUCACAUGAGAAUCCACGGUCAGAAGCGAUACAUGUGCGACCUCUGUGGGAAGGCCUUCCGCCUGGCACGGUAUCUACGGAACCAUCAGAGAAUUCAUGACGACGGGCCCAACCGCUUCGACUGCCCAUCCUGUUGUAAGAGCUACAGGACCAUGCUGGAGCUGGCGCAGCACCGCUGCACUGCAGCCUCAUCCAACCAGUCUGGUGGACGGCGUAACAAUUUCUCAGCAAAUCCCCGGCGCCAGCAGCAGAGGAACAACAACAACAACACUACCACUACACCCUUGAUGCAGCACACAGGACACAGCCAGCAAGAGUCUCUGCCUUCUCACUGUGUCUCGCCCAUGUCCCAAGGAGGGCAGGGUGGCGGUGUGGCCAGCCAGCCUGUGCCCGACCCCCACCAGGUAGGGAGGAGCUACCAGGGCCGUCCCAGUUCAGUGUCGUCCCAGAGCAGCCAGCAGAGCAUGAGGAGCUCCUCCAAACAACAUGUGUCCUCCAGCUCAGGCGCCUCCUCCUCCUACUCCCUGCUGCAUCCCCUGGUGCCAGAGGUAAAGGAGAUGAGCUCGGGAUACACUAGGCUGAGCGCCAACCCCAUGCCCAAGCACCAGGACACGUUCUCUCUGGCUCCCCAGCGGCCGCUCACAACCAUCAACCCCAUCGCUCACUCCCUCCAUCCGAGCGCCGCGCCCACGCUGAAGCCUUCGCCGGUGCCCCGCACCAUCCAGAGCAUGCCCUGGGAGCAGCGCUCGCUCUACAAUCAAUGAGACGCUCCCUCGCCCCCUUUUUAUCACAUGUCCACCACCGCGGCUCCUGCUCCUUCCUCCACUUCCUGCACCGGGGUGGAGGACGUUGGCAUGCUGGACACCACCCCCACCCCACGUUGGAACGACGUCUAGGAGCGUGGAACGUUGAGAACUAGUAGAUAACUGUUAGUUAGUUUUGAUGCAGAUUUGUUGCCUUCACCCUUAUGUACGAUCUCUGCCAUCCUGAACUGAUAUAAGUUGAUCUGCCCCCCCCCUUAAUGCACACACUAAGAAUGAUCCCUCCCCCCCAACAGUAAUAAUAAUACCCAUCCUUUGUCUUAUGAAUAGCCUUUUCCUUGCCCCUCCCUCUUUCCUUAUGUUAAGUGAUGCAACACCUUCUCUCCUCAAGUGUUCAUUGCCAGCCCGUGAAUUAGUAUUGGGCUCAACGGAACCAGUGUGUAUUGGACAGAACCAGCUCACAAUGAAGAUGAAUUCCUGUUUUCAGUGUACAAAUGUUUCACUCACUGUCUUUCUUUAACUAAUAUGAUGCAACUGUUAGGGGAGCGUGUAAUCCAGUGUUGCUCAAGGGCAACGUUCCGGAUCACUUUGUUGUAUGUGCUGGUUUGAACCGACUGGUAUGUUCAAGAACAUACAGCGUUUGGAGAGCGAGUGAAAGGUUCAGGUGAACGUCCUCCGCCCGCUAGGACGACCAUUGUGUGUGCUCCAUGUCUCAGGUGCUAUCAUGACCAUUUCAGAAUGCAGUUUCUGUUCUCGAUUGCACUGACAGGACCCUCAGCAGAACAUUUUGGUGUGCAACAGAAACAAGGGCGCCUUGUUGUGUCACUGGCCAGAGCUGCCACCACGGACUGUCCAUCUGUUACAUUUUUUUUAUGUUCUUCUAGUUUUUAUUAACUUAUUGGCCUGGAGUUGAAUCCUAACCUGGUUUUGUUCCAGAUGUUAAGGUUUGUUCCUUUCACGUGAAGCACUUGAAGUGCUGUGUAGUUCCCCUCACUGCCAUCUGCCGCUCACCUGAUCAUCAGAGAGCUGCGCCUGGAUGCUCCGUGGCCUAAGAGAGCAUUUGCCCCUCUUUGUGGGUAUCGGUGGUCGGUGAAACCUCAGCAUGAUAAACAGUGUCACGAAGGAUCGGGAAGUAGAUACACAUGGCUAACAUGGUGGUCAUUGAAAUUUCACACAGUUCUACUGACAUUGUAUUUUCUCUUUUUAAAGUCGUUUCUAUUUUUAUUCAUAAUGUUUUCGUUGUUGCUUUUUCUCUGUGUAAAGUGUCUUUGAGUAUUUAGAAAAGUGCUAUACAAAUAAAAUGUUUUAUUAUCACUCACAGUGCCUGUUGUUGUUAGGGAAAUAAAGUCAGUAAUUCAGGUCUGACAGCUCCCACCUGGCAGAAGGAUCAGGGACCCGCCAUUGUGAAUCUGGUUUCGACCGACUUGAGCCAAUAACCAUCCACUGCUGCUUCCUCUGAUAUUGCCUGUCAGCCUGAUGUCCACA